AUGGCAGCCCCAGUAGCUGCAGUGGCAGCGCCAACGCCCCCGCGACCCGCCUCUGUCUACUCGACCCGCUCUCCUGCCGCCGCCCGUACCCUCGACUCGUCCUCCGCCCCUCGUCCUACCUCUGUCGUCAUUGCCGGCGUACGCGGCGCUGAAGGAGGCGCAGAAGCCAUCGCUGCACGACGGCGCAACUCUGGCUCGUUCAAGCACAUGUCGACCGGAGGACUCGUCUCCAACUCGCCUUUCCAGAAGCUGGCUGGAGGUUCGCCAUCGAAGGCCGCCAAUCCCGGCCUCGGCUUGUACAACACGUCGAGGAUCCCUACGACAGCGGCGCAGGGAGGACUUGGGCGGCGGACAAGUGGUUCGAGGAGGGCCAGCGGAGAACAGGACGAACCGGUCAAGGAGAACAGCAACCCUUCCGAGCUGAACGAGCUCGCUCUCGGUCGGAAGAAGAGCAGUGACUCGUUGGCGCGGAGUCGCUCGUCCUCUCCUGGCGCACCGCUGAUGCCAGUCAGGCAGGCGACCGCGGUUCCCAGCCCGACGACGGCGACUCUUUCCUCUUCACCUUUCAAACCGACUCGACCAGCUUUCGACAGCGCCAGUCGUAAUCCUCAACCGCCUCUUGACGACAUCCCGCGUCGUCAGACGUCGUCCUUCGCCGCUCUCCGCCAGAACAACCUCGUCUCGUCUUCCCCCUUCGCCUCCAAGUCGACCAAAGCUCCUUCGCCCGAGCUUCAGCAGGCGCCCUACGAGAUCGAACCCCUCACUCGCGAAAGCGCCCCCUCCGCCUAUUACGAGCUGCCCCGCGACGAUGCCUCGCCGCAGCUCGCCUCAUCUGCCAAGAUGAACGGGCAAAUGGGUCUCGGUGCUCGCCCUGGACCUGCUUCAGCGUCUGCAGGCGGUCGAAUCAUCGCCGGCUCGUCCGUCCCUCCGCCCAACACGCCGCCUCGCGAAAGGCACUAUACGAGUGAGGCGAGCCCUUCCUCGUCCGUGCGCUCGCCAGGCGGUUCGGCUCUUGCGCAGACUCGUCGAGGUAUGCGUGGUCCGAGGCCUAUCAGCAGCGGAUACGAUGACGGCGAAGAGACGGAGCGCGAGGAGGUCGGCCGGACUGUUCGCCGCCAGCCGAGCAGCAAGAGCGUCGCAUGGGCCGAGACGGAGGAGGUCUUCGAGUUUGAGGUUGAUGACGAGCGAAGGAGGAGCGGCUUGAGCGACGCCAGCACGCUCAGCGACGAAGGACGCUACUACGGUCGCGACAGCUCGGACGAAGAGAGCGACUCGCCACACUACACGCAUCAGCCCGACGGCUCCUUCACCUAUGAGGAGGGCGGCAGCGUCGAGGUGCACGACGUCGAGAUCGGAUCCGAUGCGGACGAGUCUGUCGUCUCGUCUGCCAGUUCAGCGAUGGACGAGGUCAUCGGCCAAAUCGACGAAUACCUUCACGAGGAGUCGGAAGCAUUCGACGAAACCGACGUCUUCUCACCCAGCCAGAUCCCGUCUUUCGCCGACCAGCCUGACCUGCCCAGCCACCAUGACACCUCCGGCUACUCAUCGCCCAACAUCCCGCAGGCCCCGGCGUCGGCUUUCAGCGUGUCCACGGUGUCGGGCGCGGAUGAUGGCGCUAGCGAGAUCAUGUCCGCCUCGUCGUACGAUGACGACGAGCAAGAGCAGGACGAUGCGCACUUCACGGCAACGAAGGAGGCCAUCCUGUCGCGCGGACGAGCCAGUUUGCCCGACGCGCCCGGUUCUCCAGGUCGACCGCCUCUCCCACUAGCACCCGUCUCGCUCGCCGUUACGACCCUUGCGCCGCAACAAUCCUCGGUGCCCUCGCUGGUCAAGUCCGAGUCGCAGUUCUCCCUCCCCGAUAUCCCCGGCACGUCGCCUUUCUUGGGCUUCGAGGACGAUGGUGCUGCUCGAUCCGUCGUCACGCUCGACGGCGAAGCGCAACCGCUCGCGCUUCCGGCCACCAAGCCUCUACAGCCUCGUCCGCACGAUUCCGCACACAAGACGGCGCCCGCAAUCGCGCCGGCGGCCCUCGGGUCCCCUUCCACCUUGAACGUCGAUCGUGCUGCCGAGACCACAACGCCCGCAAGCCAUGUCGAAGCCUCGCCUGUGCUCUCCCGCAAGGCUUCUCUUGUCGGCAGCGAUGUCACCACUUCGAGCGUCUCGUGGUACGGUUCGUCGGUCAACGGCUCGCUUCGAGGAGGUACCAUCCGCCUCGGUAGGGACAGGCUCGAGGAGCGCAUGAAGGCGCACCAGGCGCUCUUCGGCGACAGUAGCCCGCUUCCCUCCUUCGGUGCUUUCCCCUCGACCGCGAAGACGGCCAUUCCCUCGACCUCGCAGCCCUCGACCGCGCCGGCAGACUCGCGUGCUAUCGAGGCGCACGCAGCGCCGAAAGCGCGCUCGGCGACGCUCUCGUCCAACAUGAUGCCGACGAUCGCCGCCUCGCCUCAACGAGGACAGCUCGGAGUGAGCGUGGGCUCGCCUCUAACGGCUGAAGUCGCGGAGGAGAUGCAGAGUCCGCUCGAGCGGCUGCAGCGUGGCAUGAAGGGACGGGAAGGCGGCGAGUGGAGGAGCGGCGACAGCUUGCUGGGCGUGGCGGAGCUCGCGGAAGGCGACGACGACGUUCCGCAACUUGCGCCGCUCAAGUCUGGCAGGCCGACACGCCGCCGCAGUCGCUCGACGGGCGACGCAAGCAUUGCGGAGACGUCGUCGACGGCGCUGCAAGCGCAGCUUACGAUGCCUGAGCUUGGCUUUGAGCGCAAGGCGGGCGAUGCCGGCUUCGGUUCCAGCGUUCUCGAGUCGCUCGACGACAUCUACAACUCACGCAAUCGGACGUACCGUGUCAGGGAGUCGAAGCAGCUCGUCGUCGUCAGCGACUUCACCGGUAGUCGAGCAGGCGAUGUCGAUCCUGGCCGCGCAUGGCGGAAGAAGCGUCCCUCAGACGUCCACGCCAUCAAUCGCUCGCUCAGUACGAUGAGCGUCAACUCGCAAAGCGUGCGCAAGUCUCGCGAGUAUGCCGGCCAGCUCUUCGUUCUCCUCCGAGACGUCAGCUUCGAAGGCAUGCCCAUGCCGAGGCAACGAGUCUCCGUAACCGCGACACUCGACAACGGCCGACAGAAAGUCGACGCUGCGGUUCGCGAACUGAGCGGCAAGGUUUCGCUCAAGAAGGAGUUCGAGUUGAUCUGCAACCAGGACCUCGCCUUCUCGAUCCACUUCUCGGUGCCCCGCCCUCCACCCUCGAGCACUCCUACACUGCCCUCCGCCCCCUCUCCUGCUCCCACACCGCCUGCGUCGCCGAGCAAGACGCACCGCGCCCUCCGCCUGUUCUCCUCGCCCAAGAAGAAGCCGACACCGAUCAAGACCCCAACUGCUCCUCCUCCCACGCCCGAUCCUUUCUUCGAUUACGUAUCGUCCGAUGGCCAGCUUGCGACAGCGCGCGUCACUUUUGCGAGCGAGGCAGGCAAGUGCCGGCUGCAGAAGUCGCGCAUCCUGGUUCCCUUCGUCUCAAAGAGCUCGUCGUCGCCUCGUUCGUGCAGCGGAGCCCUCACCGUCGACUUGCUCUUCGUGCCGGCAGUAUCGGGCGUGCCGAAGGCCAACUUGCCAAAGUCGAUGGACGAGGUCCUCGAGGGCCUCGAGUUGGCGGAGUGGGCUACCAAGAUCACGCACGAAGGUGUCCUUACCCAGCUCGGCGGCGACACGACCGUCUGGCGAAGGCGCGUCGUCAAGCUACGAGGCAGCACGCUCGUGCCGUACAGCGAAGUCACGAAGCGCUCGCACGUCGAGAUCAACCUUGCGCUCGUCUCGCAAGUUGAGGAUCUCAACGUCGCCACCGUCCAGUCGCCCAAGAGCCGAGCCUCCCGCUUCGAGGACGAAGACGAAGACCUCUCGCGCAUGGACAAUUCCUUCCGGCUCAUCUUCAAAGACGGCAACAGGAUCGACUUCUACGCCGACUCGCCAGAGGCCAAGGCGACGUGGCUCAGGGUCCUCUCCGCCGUCGUCGGCAAGGAGGACGGCAAGAAGGCGCCGCCUGACUGGGCCGUUGCCGUCCGCAAGCUUCCGCCGCCCAAGUCUUACUAG